UUGAGUCGGGAGGAUUGCGUAAGUGACGCUCCGCAACGUGGCCCCCCGGGUGAGCACCUCCUGCGGAGGGUUCGCGUUCCGUAUAAAAGAGGGAAUCUUCAGACAGUUCUUCAGUUGCAAGCUCGAAACAAACGCAGCAGCAUGAACGCAAAGGUAAUCAUUCUUUUCGCCCUGGUGGCCCUCGUCGUAGCCGAGGAGGCUAAGCCAUCGGUAGAAAAAACCGCAGCAAAGGCUGAAACGAAGAAGGACAAGCGAGGACUUCUUGGACUCGGUUACGGAUCGGGAUGGGACUCGGGACUCCUAGGAAGCAGCUACUCCACUUUCGGCUCAGGACUGAACAGCUACUCGAGCCUGGGCUCGGGUCUCGGUUACGGCUCCGCUUACGGCUAUGGCUCUGGCAUCAGUUUGGGAGAUUCCAUUAGCACGCACACCACCAUCACCAAGGAAGUGCCGGUCGCUGUUCCCCAUCCGAUCGCCGUCCCAGUCGAGAAGCACGUCGCCGUACCCGUCAAGGUUCCGUACGCGGUCCCAGUCGACAGGCCCUACCCCGUCCAUGUCCCGAAACCAUACCCAGUUGAGGUCACCAAGCACGUACCUUACCCAGUUGACCGCCCCUACCCAGUUGCCGCUCCCUACCCAGUCAAGGUCCAUGUCCCAGCUCCCUACCCAGUUGGUGUUCCCCAGCCUUACGCCGUCCCAAUUGUGAAGACCCUUCACGCCGAUCCGAUCGUCAUCAAGAGUCACGGAUGGAACUCCGGAAUCUCGAGCCUCUCAUCCUGGUAAUCGUGAUACUUGAAGUGCGGGGGGGGAGCACGCGCCCUAUGGAUUUCGAGGGAUUUAUAUUGCGCAGUUGGAUGAUUUUUGAACAACUGUUUACCACGACUGAAUCAACGAGUUACCAACAACCGCGCGAAUCAACAUCCAAACUCUCGAUCGACGCUAUUGAAAGUUUUGUUCUACGAAUUGACAACGCCGAUUGCACAGACUCCGUAUUUACUUGAAAGAAAAAUUAUUGAAUCUUUGCUCUGUAACUAACUCGAGUCACCUCUUGUUAAUUUCAAGAGCGGGAGCGAGUUGAGGAAAUAUCUUUUGUCGAUUUUAAGCGGCGUCCGGGCGUCGGGGGAACAAUUAUUUUACUUUUUUUUUUUUCACACCAAGUACCUCAAUUCGUAAAAUUUAAACCAAUGGCAAGUGCUCCUUUUCACAUUUGAGAUCAGACAGGAGAAAAAGUGUUCAUUUUAUUAUAUAUAUAUAUAUAUUUUACUGUAUAUUUUUAUUUUGCAACCAUCUACUCAGUACCUACGAAGAUCUAUUUCUUUGACGAAAAAAAGGAAAAAGAAAUAGACCAACAAUGUUGCUACCAUUCGUGUCAUUGGUCAACGUGUUCUUUGACACUUUUGGUUCAAUAAAAAUAUUUUAACUACAAAA